AUGAGCAUGAACGCACAUCCGUCGAGUCUUGUUCCAUCUUCAGAGCCGAUUCCAGAGGUUCUUGUCGCUGUGGCAGAUGAUCCAAUCAUUGAAGAAGAUUCGCUAGCUUUUUCUGUCUCUUCUGAUAAAAAAACGAGCGCGUGGAAGGAACGAGGGAGCAAGAAUUUAACGUAUGAAGAACGUCGUUCGAUGCUCGAUUUUCUGUUAAAGCGACGCGUUGACGGCACGUCAAAGCUCGUGCGUCACGCUGUCACAGAUGCUGCAACUAAGUUCUGUGUGGAUCGUCGCACUGUCUCAAGACUAUGGAAACGAGCGUUACAAAGUCUUGAAAAUGGAGACGAAGUGUGUGAUGUGGCAUCACGAAAAAUUGGACGUCGUGGUCGUCGGAAACGUGAUUGGUCCGUGGAAUUGGAGCGUGUAAAGGAGAUUCCAUUGGCUCAACGAGGAUCGAUUCGUGCGCUGGCUACGGCUGUUGGAAUUCCCAAGACAACACUCUAUGAGUUGUUGAAAGAGGACGGAGGUCCUACUAUUAACUCGAUCAAGCCGUCACUUACAGACAAGAAUAAGCUCGAACGACUUCGAUAUUGUGCUAAUAAAGUGCGAUCCAAUGGGCUUUUUGAUGAUAUGUACAAUGUUGUGCAUAUUAAUAUGAAGUGGUUUUCACUUCCUAAAGACAAGAAGACAAAGGUGAUGUUCAUGGCUGCAGUGGCGAGGCCACAAUGGGAUCCGCAGAAGACAGAGUAUUUUGAUGGCAAGAUUGGCACGUGGCCAUUUGUACGGGAAGAAUUACAGGUUGUCGAUGCAGAUAUGAAGUUUCCACAGGAAAGACUAGAGCAGACAUUCGUUGCGUUAGAGACAGUGACGAAAGAUGAUGUCCAACGGAUGAUCACGGAAUUGAUUAUCCCGGCUAUUCGGCUGAGAAUGCCGGUGCACCUUAUGCAUGGCCCUAUUUAUAUCCAGCAAGAUAGCGCCAAGAUUCGAUGCUCUAGUGAUACGAUGUUUGCUGAAGAAGGACGAAAGGAAGGCUGGAAUAUUCAAAUGCAAAACCUGCCGCCGUAUUCCCCGGACUUCGCCGUCAUGGAUAGCACCCUUUUCAAGCUGAUCCAGGCUGCAAUGAAAACAUUUCCUCCUUCUUCCCAUGCGGCAACGGUGUCUGGUCUCACGGUAUUGAUGUCUAAUGUAGAGCAAGGGUUUGUUUUGCUGACGAAAGAUCAAAUUAACGACGCGUUUCUUUCGUUACAAAAGGCUAUGGAAUGUACGAUGCGAGUUCAAGGCUCCAAUACGUACGAGCUCGGCCCCACCAGCAAGGAACAGCUCCAACUGGAGGGUAGUCUACCUGUGAGCAUAUUGUGCGACCCUGAUGCAAUGUUAGCGUGUAGAGCCGUGCUCGAUCACGUAACCGAGGAAACCCUCGAAACAAUGUAG